UUUUAGUAGGGAUUAGGGAGCUCUGGGAUAGAGAUGAUGUGGUUGUUUGGGUGGACUACUUUUGCCAUCAUCCUUACAUUUUCCCACUGCAAGACAGUCACUUUCAUCUCUAACUCCAAGAUUGCUCGAGACAACAGGGGAACAAUAGUCACCAAAUUCACAUUUCAUGGUAGUCAAGCUCUAGCAAGGCUGAGAGGUAACGACAGUAUUGGAGGACUCUAUUUCUUUCCAAGAGAUAAGAUUCUUGCAGAAAGAUCUAAAAAUGACUGUAAUCAGUUCUUGCGUGGAGCUUCAUUUUCAUUGUUUCCUAAAAACUCAGAAACUGAUUUCAAAGAGCGCAAGUUUCCCCUGUGGUCGAAGGAACCACACACCUUCUAUGCACUGUUUGUAGAUGCAGCCACAUGUUACCCCCAGUACCCUAAUCAGAAGAAUGUUGGACUUGAGCUUCACCUUCUUAAUGAUGAAGCUUCUGGUGGACAUCUUUCUGCAGAGGAAAAUGGAUUGAAAGCAGCACAUUUGUUAUUACUCCUCUUGUUUGUUGCUGGUUGUAUUUGGUUUGGUAUCUCAUUACACGGUAUCAUAUCUGGAAGUGGUUCUAUGCUUUUUGUUAUGCAGUUGUUCCUGGCAUGUUCAGCGCUACAAGGGUUUACUCUCAUGAUCCCCACCCUACACUGGGUGACGUAUGAGAGUAGCGGGUGGGGCUGGCCUUUCCUUUACUCCCUUACUGCCCUCUCUGCGCUGGCUGCAGAUUUGGCUAUGGUCGGUUUGGUGGUGGAUAUCGUGCUGGGCUGGACCCUCGGCAGCUGCAAGAGAAUAACUACCUCCAGAUCCGAAAUGGUGUUCCGUGUGGUGGCGGUGCUGGGUGUCCUGCAAGUUGUCCUUCAUUUGUACACAGCUACCAUCGAUACAAACGACCCCAACUACUACAGUUUCAGCGCCAAGACUGAGAUUCUGCAGGGACUUGUUCUGUUGGCACAAGGAUGUUUCUUCUUAGCUAUCUUAGCAGGAACAAACGGUGAAGAUCGCAGCGCUCUCAGACAGGAUUUCUACUCCUCUUUCGCCUGGAUUAUAAUAUCCUGGUACUCUGCACACCCCGUCUCCCAACUAAUCGUCCUGUUUAUGGCCGAAUACAACCGUCUCAAGGUAUUCGUGGCUAUAUCCCAGUUCCUGCGGGGGUGCGCGCUAGCACAGCUCGCUAACCUCUUCAUCAAGCGCAGCCUCUUCUGGGAGGUCUCCUCUCAGUCUGGUACUUCUAUGCCCUUCACGGAGCGCAGCUUCGCGCGCAGGACGGAGAAUGAUCAGCACGUGCAGAAUGAUCAGCACGUGCAGAAUGAUCAGCACGAGCAGAUUAUGACCGGGUUUGGGCACCAGGGAUAUGAUAAACUCACCAAACGUCAUUAGUAUAGGUCAUUUGAUGGGUUAAUUUGAUCAAAGUUCAAUUUUGUUGUUUUCAAACCAUUUUCUUGUUUUGUUAGAUUGUUUACGAUUUUUAACAUGUUCUUUGCUUGACAUAGCGUAACACGCUAUGCAAGGGUAUUUAUUGUUAUUAUUAGGGGGUUUUUAACGAACAUUUUGGAAUUUCUUUGAUACGUUUUUAUAGAUUUUUAUCAACUUUGUACCUUGUACUUUUCUAAGACAUCUAACAUUUGUACCAUUCCUCACCGUACAUAUUUUGUAUAUAAUAAUACAAUUAUACCCAGCAUUCAUUUUAUGAUUAAUGCUCAAACAGUUUAUAUGAUUUUCAGCAUCACCAAUGAAUAUAAUAUUUUUUCUAUACUUUACAUAUUAUUGUAUAUAAUUAUAAACAUAAACUCUUUAACUUAGAUUUUUAUCUCUUUUUAUAUUUGAUACUCUUGUACACAAUAAAUAGCA